CCAUUGAGGUCACAACAAAACACUUGUCCUAAAUCUUAACACUUAGUCCUUACCAUGGGUUCAAGCGGCGAAACACAGAUAACACCAACCAAUGUGUCAGAUGAAGAGGCAAACCUAUUUGCCAUGCAACUAGCAAGUGCCUCUGUCCUUCCCAUGAUUCUGAAAUCAGCUAUUGAGUUGGAUCUAUUAGAAAUCAUAGCCAAGGCUGGCCCUGGUGUUCACCUUUCACCGAAUGACAUUGCUUCUCAGCUUCCAACAAACAACCCUGACGCACCAAUCAUGCUUGACCGCAUCUUGCGCCUCUUGGCUUGCUAUAAUAUACUCACUCACUCUCUCCGCACUCUCCAAGAUGGAAAGGUUGAGAGACUCUAUGGUCUCGCCCCUGUUGCUAAGUACUUGGUCAAGAAUGAAGAUGGUGUCUCUCUUUCUUCUCUCAACCUCAUGAAUCAAGACAAAAUCCUCAUGGAAAGCUGGUACUACUUGAAAGAUGCAGUCCUUGAAGGGGGUAUUCCAUUUAACAAGGCGUAUGGAAUGACAGCCUUUGAAUACCAUGGCACAGAUCCAAGGUUUAACAAGGUUUUCAACAAGGGGAUGUCUGAUCACUCUACCAUCACAAUGAAGAAAAUUCUCGAGAUAUACAAAGGCUUUGAGGGCCUUAAAUCUCUUGUUGAUGUUGGUGGUGGGACUGGAGCUGUGGUGAACAUGAUUGUUUCAAAGUAUACCAAUAUAAAGGGCAUUAAUUUUGAUUUGCCACACGUCAUUGAAGAUGCUCCAUCUUAUCCAGGAGUGGAGCAUGUUGGUGGAGACAUGUUUGUCAGUGUUCCAAAAGCUGAUGCUAUUUUUAUGAAGUGGAUUUGUCAUGACUGGAGUGAUGAGCACUGCUUGAAGUUUUUGAAGAACUGCUACGAGGCACUUCCAGACAAUGGGAAGGUGAUUGUGGCCGAAUGCAUUCUACCAGUGGCACCAGACUCUAGCUUGGCCACAAAAGGUGUGGUUCACAUUGAUGUGAUCAUGUUGGCUCAUAAUCCAGGUGGGAAAGAGAGAACAGAGAAAGAGUUUGAGGAUUUGGCCAAGGGGGCUGGAUUCCAAGGUUUCCGAGUCCUGUGCUGUGCUUUCAACACCUAUGUCAUGGAAUUUCUUAAGAAGGUUUAAGUUUUCUCGGUGUGGAUAUGAUAAUGUCAAUUGUAUUUGGGUUUUGAGAUUGUGGUUAUGGUACUACUUACAAUAACUUUCCCGGAAAAAUGUAACUUUCUCUUAAUGAAAAAGAAUAAUGAAAAAGCUCAUUGGAUUCUGCAGUAUAUUGAAUAACAAGU